UCAGAUCAUUCACACUCGAGCUGGAUUCAAGAAACGUAUAUCUUGACUUCCUUGAAAAAUUUCCUCUUGAACCCAAACCUUUUCACCUUCCUCCUCCCUCUCUCAUCUCUCAGGUAAAAUCAAUCAUGGGCAACCCAUCAGAGCACGGACUAGCUCGUGUCAUCCAUCACAAGGACUAUUAUAUACGCGGUGGUGAUAUGACCGUACUGGUCGAGAAUCAUCUCUAUCGGAUACACAGUUACUUCUUCGAACGUGAAUCGCUGUUUUUCCGCCAGAAGUUCCAGUCAGCCGAAGGCGAGGAACGCGGCUCAUCAGACAACAACGCCUAUACCUUGGAGGAUGUCAAGAGCGAAGACUUUGCACGUUUCCUCUGGGUCUUCUACAACCCAAAAUAUUCGCUCUAUGAGGCGCCUCUGGAGACGUGGCUGAGUAUCCUACACCUCGCCAACCGGUGGAGUUUCAACAACGUCAAGGAGCUCACUGUACGUGAACUCGAGAAAAUUCAGAUAGAGCCCGUCGACAAGAUGGCAAUCUAUCACGAGUACAGUAUAAACAAGCUCUUCCUCAUCCCAGCAUACAUCGCGGUCUGUAAGAGGGAUAAGCCUUUGACAUUUGCUGAGGGCAUGCAACUUGGGAUGGAGACCGUUCUCCGUGUCGCAGACGCUCGUGAGCGGGCUCGCCAGCGCGCCGCUGAGAAUGGAGUCCGCUCACCUACAUUUGACGAUUUCGAGGACAGUGAGCUGGAAUCGAUGGUCAGGGAGGUUUUUGGAAUAACCCCGCGACCAAUAUCGCCGAUUCCGCAGACCAGUAAUCCAUCUGCCUACACCAACGGCUCGACCUUCACAGGUAGCACGAAGGUCAAUGGGUCGACGACAACCAAAGCCAAUGGUGGCCCCUCAGUUCGUACCAAUGGUUUAUCCAACCCUGACCCGGUUGUUCGUUCCUCCGCCGACACCACACACUCGUACUAUACUGGUAAGGAAUCGGCAUCUACUUCAUCGGCAUCUUCGACAAAUACACACGUUUCUUCGCCACUAAAUGGUGGUUCGAAGCCAGCGGCUGCCUCGGGCCCUGAGAGCAAGCCCCCGCCGCCGGAGAAGGUCAAAGCGCCUGAGCAGACGAACACUACAUCCUCCUCUACCGAUCCAUCCCAGGCUGGCUCCUACAAACCAAACGGAACGGGUGAGCCUUCAUCGGUGGCGAGUCCUGUACUUAUAUUUUUCUGACUUCGGCUCAUUCUUGGUAUUGCAGGAGGGAACAAAGGAGGAAAAGGCUGGUUCUCAUAGUUCCACCACCGUUGUCACCCCUGUCGCUGAGCCUGUUGUAUCAACACCCAUUGAUGUUAAGAAUCACCAUGAGAAUGAGACUAACGACCACGAAAAUGAUGCUGAGAA